CUCCUCCUCCUCCUCCUCCUCUCCGGUUUAUUGUCACUGACAGUCGGAUUAUUCCCUCACAGUAGCAGCCUGCUCCCUCUCAUCCUCCUCCUCCUCCUCCUCCGACAAUGCGGGCACCAACUAAGGAUUUAUAAUUUCUUCAUCCGCCCUGCGUCGCUUCGUUCCUCUCCCGCACGCGUCACAAAGCAUCUUUUUCGAACCUUUUUUCCACAUCUUGAGACUCCACGUCCACAGUCCUCUUCCUCUGGACAUCAAUGUGGAGGCAAUUUCCCCGUGUCUGAGGCCCAACAGCGGUUUCUAGAUCAGGGAACGUGGUGAUUGGCACUCCUAUUUUCCGAUUGGACCGGGACUGGCCGCCUUGCACCAGUUCAAACGGAGCUUCAUAGUUUGCCACCUGUUUUCCAGACUUGCUCCGGUGAUGUCGCCACAUCCGCAGAUCUGAGAAAUUAGAACUGAAAGAGGAACAGGAACGAGGAUAAAACCCAGCCCUGACACCAGCUCCACCAGUACCAUCACACCGUCCACCCCCAAACCCAGCCUUCCCUCACCCCUCUCACAGCGCCAGGGCUCUCCAAGGAUUCCUCGCCGGGUUCUCCGAAGGGUUCUCUGUGGUGUUCUGGAAAGCUCCAUACGCCUCGGGGCCUCACACCUUCAUGCGUCUCCCAGCGGCAGAGUCCACCCACGCCUCCACCCACCACACCACCACUACCAUGAGCUGUGAACGGGAGUUUGGAGACGGGGCCAUGGGGGUAACGCUCACACUGCGCCUUCUCAUGCACGGAAAGGAAGUAGGAAGCAUUAUCGGCAAGAAAGGGGAAACGGUGAAGAGAAUACGAGAAGAGAGCAGUGCGAGGAUCAACAUCUCAGAGGGCUCCUGUCCGGAGAGGAUCAUCACCAUCACGGGGCCGACAGACUGUGUGUUCAGAGCCUUCACCAUGAUCACGUUCAAACUGGAGGAGGACCUGACAGCCUUGGUAGCCAAUGGCACAGUGACCAGCAAGCCUCCAGUCACCUUGCGGUUGGUGAUCCCGGCCAGCCAGUGUGGCUCUCUCAUCGGCAAAGGCGGGUCUAAGAUCAAGGAGAUCAGAGAGACGACAGGCGCACAGGUGCAGGUGGCAGGUGACCUCCUUCCCAACUCCACAGAGAGAGAGGUGACGAUAUCAGGGAGCCAGGAGGCCAUCAUCCAGUGUGUUAAACUCAUCUGCACUGUAAUCGUAGAGUCACCACCGAAGGGAGCGACUAUUCCAUACCGGCCCAGCCAGGCCCCGGGAACCGUGCUGCUGGCAGGAAACCAGGUGUUCGAGGCAUCAGACUUUGGCUCUCACCCCCUGUUCUCAGUGGCACAGGGAGGAGUGGACCUGCAGCAAACGUACGCAGUACAGAGCCACUACGGCAUUCCACAUUCAGAGUUAGCAAAGCUCCACCAGUUGUCGAUGCAGCAACAGGGCCUGGCCCCCAUCAGCCAAUCAGCUUCACAAGUUCUGCCUGGAGGGGUGGAAGCCAAUUCCCAAACCACGUCUCAGGAGCUCCUCAUUCCAAACGACCUGAUUGGCUCGAUCAUCGGUCGCCAGGGCACCAAGAUCAAUGAGAUCCGGCAGGUGUCGGGAGCUCAGAUCAAGAUCGGCAGUCAGAUCGACAGCACCAGCGAUCGCCACGUCACCAUCACCGGCACGCCGAUCGCCAUCAACCUGGCUCAGUACCUGAUCACUUCAUGUUUAGAGACCGCCAAAUCCACCGCCCAGUCCUCCUCCAUGCCGUCUCCCGUUGACCUGACCAUGAGCUUCACCCAGCCUGCCCCCCCCGCCUCUGCCUCGUCCUCCUCCUCCUCCCCCCUGGCAGCGAUGGGUGCCACGCUGCCCCACGCUCCCAUCCUGGGCGCUCCCUACGCCCUCCCCCUCUCCAGCCUCCUGGGAGUGAAAUCCAUCCCCUACCUGGCACUCUCCACCUCUCCCGCCUCAGCAGCGGCGGCGGCCAUAGGGGCUCCGGUGUUACCGGGUUCGGUGCCGACAGCGGCGACCGCGGCCGUCCCGGUUCAGGCUCAUGCAGCGGCGGCCCUGGCGUCCUACACAGCCAAGAUCUCAUCCUCCGCCAACGGGAUGAAGAAGCCGGAGAGACAGAAGUUUGCUCCGUACUAAUGAAGGAGGGGGAACGAAAGGAUACGUCUGCAUCACUGAGGUAGCUUCUGGGCUGGUUUUCAGACAGGAAGGGCAGUUUUCUUUUCCUACUUUUACUCUCUCACCUUAUUCCUCUUUCCGUUGCACUCUCUCACUUUUUACUCUCUCUUUCUUUGCCUUUCUUUCUCUCUCUUCCAUUUUUCUUGAUUGUUCAAAACUGUCAAAGUGGGAUCAGUGGAAUAUGUUUGAUUUCAGAUAGAGCCACAACGUAAUCUGUGGAAGCCUUGAGCGGCAGCAAACUAGGUUUUUCCACGGUGCAGGGGUUAGUGUAUUUCCGCUGCCCAGUGAGAGCCUGUCACCUGCAGCUCUUUCCAGCUCAACGUGGCUGGUUCUGUUUGUACUAUUCCUCCCUGCACUAAUUAAAACGGAUCCGCUGACCAAAUAGGACAGAUUGUGCCCAUAUCUGGUCGAUUAGACCUGUUGUUAUUGAAGACGGAACCUCAAAUCGGGGGAUAAAAACAAUGCAUUUCCUAUAACUUCUUCACAAUAAAAGCCCCCCCCCCACACACACACACACACACACACACACACACUGGUUUGCUGGUGAAAAGCUUUUAGUGUGAAGCAGCAACAGCAGAAAAUGUUCGGGUUGCAUCAGUAGCAACUAGAGCCCAUGUGUCAGCCAAUAAAUGACAUUGACGUGCAGAAAUACCAAAGAUCUGUCUAUGUUUUGAAACAGUGUCACCGUCCUAGUUUGGCCACCGGAGAGUGACAAGCUUAUUUUUUAGCUGUAAAACGUCCUGCCCAGCAAAAUUCCUGGUCACCACUGUCGAAAAUUAAGUAAGUAAGUUAAGUCAACCUCAUCAAAAAUAUUUAUUAGUUAUGGGUUGUGUAGUGAAAAUCAAUACCGGCCAAUAUAUCAUUUUCGUAUUUUUUUUAAACUCACAAAUACCAAUAUUGGUAUCGGCCUGCGUUGGUCGGGGUACAGCAGUAACUGAACACCGCUCUGAUGAGGCUGGCGGUGAUCAGUAAACAGUAAAGAAGGCUGGUACCUGAAAGAACAAGCAGGAACUCGGGAGUGAAACUAAACUCCAAACCACACAGAUUCAGGUAGAGGCUACAGGCGAACUGAGAGCUAAACACAGGGAGGCUUCUAGAAACGGCUAAGACACGCACUAACACAAAUACGACAAAAAAGAGCAACGAAAGGGACGAUACUAAACCCUACAUCGGAAACUACGAUCAGGGAAGUUGUCAUUUCCUCUGCAAAUUCGUACAUAACCGCCACGAUCAACUCAGAACCUGCUAGAACUGAUCCCAGUUGGGGAGGCCGGAAACCGGGCCGUGGUGGCUCUCGUCACGGUUGGUCAGAAAUUAAUCGAGAGAGGUUCAAAUUUUCACGCUGAUAUCCAUCUAAGCUCCAGGUGGAAAAAAUAAAAAUCAAGAUGAAGAAUAAUCAUCUCCAUCUUGCUUUCUUGACCUUUUUUUUUUUUUUUUACAGAAAACAAUAAAUGCCCCACCUUUUUCUUUGAGUAGCAAUCUCAAACACAAAAACUUGCUGAGUAAAGAUCUGGGCAUGACGAGGACGCCGCAGAUGAAGCAUCAAACGCGGCGGCUGCCUGAUCCCUUGCUCUCACUCAUGAU